AUGGAAUGGCAGUCACAGCAAACUACUCGCAAUUGCUCCAGAUGUCAACACGCGAUUCACACUACCUUCAGGAAGAAGGAACCAGAUAAUUAUGUCACUUCUUCGGAUAGGCCACAUACUAGUGACUCACAAGCACGUCUUCGAAGGAACCGAUGCCCCAGUUUGUUCAACGUGCAACCAGCGGCUCACGGUGGUUCACAUCCUGAUGGAGUGCUCUACUUAUCAAAAUGCCAGAAAACGCGGGUCGCGUAUUUCUUCCGAUCCUGCUGCGCCAGCACUCCACCAGCAGCUUUGGCGGCAGCUACAGCAGCAACAGACGGAGCAGAGGAAGCGGAAGCUGAUGGGCCAGACGAAUUCCAGUUUUGCCGUCAUCUACACGCUCUGGCGUUAGAUGCGAUGCCAACGGCCUACCUGAAAGUGAAGCCUAGACGUUACCAUUGCAGGUUAGUUCGCUCAACUUUUGACGUCGUCUACUUUAUCACUAUAUGA